AUGAGGUUGUCGUCUUCUGAUAAACUCAAAGGCACAAUGACCCAAGCUUCUGCGUCUGUUACAAUGGCGAAAAGACAAAAAGUGCUCAUGCCCACUAUUGAGGGUUACUCGUCGAAUUGGGACCGUACACGAUUGAGUGAAGAGAUCCGGCACAGGACGGAAACAGAAGAAGACGAGAAACUUUUCAGCUGUCUUGAAUGGCUUCGAUCAUACAUCACAACUUGUUUUACGAAUACCACACCUAGAACCCCAGCUACGAAGCAACUACCUGUGUCUAGCGAGGAAGUCGCAGGAAAGCACAUAGCCCUGCAAGCUGCUUGGAAAAUAUCGGUCCUCCGCCCAGGUCAGAAUGGAAAGUACCUAUGUAGUCAGUGCAGUGGUUCAUUUAGCUGCGUAGAUCUCUACAUUUUCCACCCAGCAAAACGCCACGAGGCAGAGACGCCGUCUGGUCUCCUCAUCCCGCACUACAAAUUAAGCGACUCUAAGGAAAACACAGCACACUGA